AUGGCCAACUCUUUGACGCCGUCCAUGGCAACGGCCCCCAUCCCUGCGAGUGGAGAAAGUUCAAUAGUCACUCCUGGCUUGCGCCGCUCAUGCACACUACCUCUAAAGCUGUCCGAUUCAAGCAGAAGAGCAUCCAAGUCGAGCGAGGAUCCUGUAAUCGAGACGUUGUUUGUACAUCAUUCCGCCAAAGUGGUCUCGUUCAGCCCGCCCUCCCACGUUUUGCGACGACCAACCACGCCUGACUAUGGAGCUGCUGAUCCAGAGGACCAGGUUGGCACACUGCCAUGGAACUCAACUGUGGAGAGGACAAUGGCGGCUGGUCCGUUGCGCCUCUACCGCGUCCCAGGUUCCGUCGCUUUCCUGACCUCUGGAAAGAUAUUGCAUCCCAUCCUUGCGAAAUCACAAUGCUGGUGCGUGGACGGGGAGACGAUAUUUGUACUUCGAAUUCGAACGGGCACCUACUACCGUAUUGAGCUCCCGAAUCACUCGAUAGAAGACCGAGAGAAGGCGGCCGAGCUCAAAGCUGUCCUGCCCAAGAUCCUACAAUACGAACAAACACCAUGUCCUUUUGCAAGAGAAUUCACAGUGACGCUGCCAGAGAGGCUGCCUGUCCGGAAGCGUCCAUGGCGACCUCGAGAGAAACCAAAACCGCCGCCGCAACAGAGUGAGACAGGGAAGGAACCCAGAGCCAGGCCUCUUUCUGGGCCAUCUUUGGACGAAACUGGUGGCGCAGAGGAGAGACUCACGCAAGAUCUAGACAGUGAUUCUACAGAGGGCUCGAUCGACUACCCCAACUACCGAACAACAGCCAGCCCGACGCAGGCGUUUGAGGAGAGCUCUCGACCACGGAUGCUGAAUACCGAGCGGUCCAUCACCGCGCCGCCAAUCUUGCAUGUCCAGCCUCCUUCGCUCCAGAAAGCGCCAUACCAGCCAGGUCGACGAUCAAGCACCGAAUCUGAGUCGUCGAGCGUUUCCUCCAGCGUGGAGUCAUUUCACUCUUUUCACAGCUCCCUCUCACUGCGCCCGCCCUCUCCACCAUUUUCUGCCACAACAUGGUCGACCGUACCAUCCGAAGAUGUCCCAACUACUGUUGAUCUUCCACAAUUCAAGCCUGAGGGUCUGGGCUCGCCCGAUUCAUCCAACGGUCCAAUGGCCCAACUUCCCGCAGUCCAGACCAGCAACACCAGGACUUCGCCCAAAAGUACAUCCCCUUUCGGACAGGAAGCCCAGGCAUCCGAAGAAGCAGACGAGCCCUACUACAACAGCUCUGACUCGGGCGCUGGGUCUGGUUCCGAAUUCUGGCCAGACUCUGCCUUCCCACUGCCGGUAGACGACCAACGCGAGCUCCGGCCUCGGCGGCGCAAAGUACCUUCCUCCCAUCCACGGCGCAGUCUCUCCCCCUUACCCCUGGCCGCGAAUCUCUUCACCCCGUCGGGCCAGGGCUCCGGGUAUCAUCUACCCACGGACGUUAUCCAGAAGACGUGUUCCCUGCUCUUCGGUCCACCCGUCCAUCUCAUCGCACUCAUGCUUAAUGUCGCGUCUAAAAUCGCCAAUGGCGCCGUCAAGGGCGUGGUAGUCACGCAUGGCGAACGCGGCGAACGGAUCCCCUGCCAGUGGGACUACAGCGACAGCGACGACGGCCCAGCUACCCAGGAAGACUGGCGCCCCGAGGAAGAAACUGACGAAGAGGACGAUUAUGGCAUCCCCCUGAGUAAUGGUGGUUCUUCGACUAAUCUUGCUGCUGCAAGAAGGGCGUCACAGGCAUCAGAUCACGGAUCAAUAGCUCCUGGCGUGUCGUCGUCAUCUGCUUCGUCCUUGGCUUCGUUUCCACUGGCACCGGAAUAG